GUCAAUACUUUGCAUUACUAGUUUUAGGACGCCCAAGGAAGAUGGCGGAGAAAUUUGCCAGAUUCAACGAAGACAGAAAUUUUGAGGAGCAAGAGCAACAAAACUAUGAAGACGAGCAAAGCUUCGAUUUGGAGAUGGCUUCUCUUGAUCAGCCUAUUCCAGAGGAUAACCUUGGACAUAGACUGCUCACUAAACAUGGUUGGAAGGCUGGCCAGGGCCUAGGCAGGUCAAUGCAGGGGCGGAAGGAGCCGGUCGGGUUCACGCUAAAGACGGACAUAAUGGGGAUCGGGCGCGAGAGCAUGGAGAACGUGCACGCCGAGCAGACGACGGAGAAGCGGCGCCUCCUGGAGGUCGAAAAACGCGACACGGAGCAGCUGCGGCAGAAGUACAAGGACACACAGACCCGGGAGAAGAUACGGCAGGAAGGCCUGGCCGAGUUGAAGGCCAGCUACUACUGUGAACUAUGUGACAAGCAGUACUACAAGCACACCGAGUUCGAUAACCACAUCAAUGGCUACGAUCAUGCACACAAACAGAGACUGAAGGACUUGAAGCAGAGAGAGUUUGGCCGUGCCAUGGGCCCACACUAUCGCAAGGAGGAGAAACGAAUGCAGAAGGAACUGAAGAAGCAGAUAGAGCUUGCCGACACCAUCGAGAAAGAGGAAGCUGAGGAACGACAGAACAAGAGCCUGCCGCCCGCCGACGUCCGCCGCGGUUGCUGGCCGCGUCGCGCUGACGAGACGCGCCGCCGCAACGCGCCGCUCGCCAUACCGCGACGAGGCACUGAUAGCGAAGAUCCGUGUCGCGGCGGACCGAGGAGGCGGUCCGGCCGAUGUGCCGACCUCUUCCUCUCGAGAGGCAAGGAGGUAGAAGGAGAGCCGAGGAACCGGAGAAGGGCAGAACGAGAAGACAGGCGGACGGCGCGUCGCACGGCGCCCUCAUGGGAGACGACUCGGCGCCGGCGUCGGCGCGGCUGGCUGGCGGGCGACGCCGACGCCGCGUCCAGCCUGGAGAAGAUGCACAACUCGCUGAAGGCGCUGGACGUGAAGACCAGGUUUCCGGACGCGGAGUGGUACCCGGACGAGCUGCCGACGGGCUCCAGCGCGAAGACAAAGCUCACCUUCCUCUCCUUCAUGAAGGCGGAGAACCCUGAGCGCAUAUCUGACCUCCUGCCGAAGGUCGAACUCGUCGCGUUGCCCAAAGACGAUGCCGGCGGUGGACGAAGGGCCGGCAAAUCCGACAAAAAAUCGGCGGCUAGCGCGCAGGAUGCCGAAAAGGACAAGAAGGCUAAGAAGGAGCACCGAGCGAAAGACGAGGAGGCGGAAAAGAAGCCGCCGGGCGAGAAAGAUCCCGCGGGCGACGCGACGAAGAAGGUGUCGUCGUCGGUGAGCAAACCGCACGAUUCAUCGAAUGCGAGCGAGAAGCCUUGCUCCGCCGUCGCCGCGUCCUCCUCGCCUCCCCUCGCCACGGAGGAAGCGCCGCCGGUCGCGGAGGGACCGAAGACGACGGUGAGCGUCGUCGGUGAGGACGGCAAGACGGAGAUCGCUUGGCCCGUGCAGCAGCUGAAGUACACGAAGACCGAGCCGCCGCUGUCCUUCAGCUGCAACAGGGAUCACUUCGGCGUCGACCCCGGAAGCCUCGACGUUAAAGCCGAGAAGCAGUCGGUUGCGACGGAGCGGGAGACCGGCAGGGAGGCGACGAAGACGCCGGAGAAUCGGAAGCCCGCCGCUGCUUCGGAGAAGGAGGAGAAGACGCAGCAUCCCGUGACGGCGGCGGCGGCGGAGACUCCCGCGAAGUCGUCGCGGAAGAAACGCGACAGCGAGAGCCGCGGCGAGAGGCGGUCGACGAAGAAGGAGGCCGGCGGCAAGGAGGCCGACGAGACGACCAGCAAGCCGAAGAAGAAGCACAAGGAGCACAAGGAGAAACUGAAGGAGAAGGACAGAGACAAGGAAAAGGAGAGGGAGAAAGAGAAGGAGAAGGACGCGGAGGAGAAGAAGCGACGGCGGGAGGCCGCCGCGAAGAAUCGCAGUCCGUCGCCCGAGCCCAAGCCGCACAAGGAGAGCGGCGGCAGCGUGAAACGCAAGCACAGGAGCGGCACGGACGAGAAGGCGAGGAAGAGCAAGCGAACCGAACACGGCAAGGAGCAGCAGCAGCAGCAGGAACCUCCGCCGCCAAAGCCGAAGACGAAAGAAGAGAAGAGGGACAAGGUAGCGAAGGCGCCGUCGUCGGGCAAAGGCGACCGCAAGAAGGCGGACGUUGGGCUGCCGGAAGUCAGGUCGUCGGCGGGCGACGGCGAAAAGAAGCGUCGCCCUCGCGCGGCGUCCGGCCGAAGCGCGUCCGAGAGCGGCCGGGAAGCGAAGAGCGCGGCGGCGGUGAUGGACGCGGGGAAGAAGUCGAAGGAGAGGCAGCGAGAGCCGUCGUCCGGGCGACGCGAAACCGCCGCCGACGUCAAACCCGCGCGGAAGACCCACAAGGGGGAAGCCGCGGCGGCGGUGGAGGGGGGAGCGAGCGAGAGAAGGAAGGAGCCGGAGAGUCGCAGGGAGGCGGUCAACGAUGAGGAGCGCGAUCGCGGGAGGAGUCGCCGCGACGCGCGCGACGAGAGGAGGAGGCGAUCGCGGCGCUCGUACGCGCGCAGCGAGGAAGAAUCCGGCUCCUCGGACGAGUCCUCCACCGGCUCCUCCUCCUCGGAGGAGGACGACGAUGAAGAGGAGGACUUCUCGACGUCGGACGACUACACGACGGCGGACUCGACGAGCGGGACGAGCAGCUACGAGUCCGACGACGACAGCAGCCGCCGCGACGACAACAGGGGGCGCCGGCGGUCGCGCUCUCGCUCGCGUCGCCGCUACCACCGCCGCAGCGGCGGCCGUCGCUCCCGCUCGAGCUCGUGGGAGCGGCGCCACCGGUCGGGUUCGCGUGGCAAGCGCUCGCGCCGCGACCGCCGCUCGGCCACGAGCUCUCGCUCGCCGUCGCCCAAAGAGGGCGGCGCCGCUGCCGCCGCCGCGGAGCUGGAAUCGGCGUUCCUGGACACGGCGGAUGAGAGCGUCGCGGAGAAGCGGGUCGUCUCGGAGUUCCUCAAGCGCGACCACCGCUCGCUGCUGUCGCCAGAGCAGCGGCAGACGCAGCUCAUCAUGGCGCGGCUGCGCAAGAAGCUGAUCGAAGGCAGCAGCGGCGGCGCCGACAGCAGCAGCGACAUCGCCAAGCUGACAAUGGAGAAGAAGCAUCCGGUCGCCGCGGCCGACUGCCUCGUCGACAUCCCGCUGCCCCUUGACGUGCGGCUCCCCCCCGUUGCCGCGGGUGACGCUUCCGAGAGGAGGAAGGAGAAGCCCGCGCCGCCCUCCUCCCCCGUCGUGAAGCAGGAGAAGGGGUCGCCGACGACGACGACGAUGACGACGACCGCGGGCGGGAAGCAGCCGCCGCCACCGCCGCCGCCGCUGCCUCCCCCGCGGGCCGACACCGUCACCGUGAAGCAGGAAGCGGUGGAUUCGACGGAGGCGCCCCCCGUGGUGAGCAGUACGGCGGAGGAGGCGGAGCGGGGGAGGGUGGUGAAGGAGGAGCCGGUGCAGGGCCCGCAGCUGCCGCCGCCCCCGCCGCCGCCCUGCGCGGAGAUGACGGCGGCGCCCGUCUACGACGACAUCCCGCCGCGCCGCCGCCGCCGAAACGAAGAAGCCGCGCGUCGCUGA